UCCGAAAAGGGAGAUCAAAACGAAGUAUUUCACAAAUUUCAUACCUAAAAUCGGAGUAGGGAGUAUAUCGUAUAAGAUCAAUAACAGUAUCAAGGACAUUAAAAUAGAAAAGUAUAGACAUAAGUUCGACUCACGCAAACUCGAUAACGUACACGAAAUGGCCCACUCACUAGACGAUGUAGAAAAAAUGAUAGACGAGGAAAUACUCAGACAGUCCGGAGUGGAAGUACAAAGUAAUACCAAUUCAUUAAUGAUGUAUGCAAUUAUGGCAUUAUUAGUAUUCUCCAUGUUUCUUUUGGCAUUUAUAUACAUAAGUUAUAAAUGCAAACUGACCACUAUGAGGGCCAUAUGCCAUCGAACAAGAACUGUGGAUAACGAUAUGUCGAAUAAAGAGAGAGAAGUCAUACAUGUGACGUCAUCGGCAAAAGGGAAUGGGGUUAAGGAAAAGCUACUAGGUGACACACCAGAUAGGCUAGCCCUAAGUAAUAUGCCGCCUUUACUAAAAGAACAAUAAAAUGUAUAAAUUAAAUAUAUAGAUAUUUAGAUAUAAUAAGGAAUAAUAUUAAUAAUAUAAUAUAACUUAGUAGUAAUAAUAUAAGUUAUUAACAAUCACAUAAAUAUAUGAGUAUGUAAUAAAUGUAUAAAUAAUAAAUAUAAAAAUACAAUCACUAACACAAAAUGUUUAAUUAUACAGAAAAGAGACACAUAAAUUCAUAAUUAUGGACUUCGAGUUCUCAAUGGUGAACAAGACAAGCAUGGUUGUCAUCUCCGGAGCUAUAUCCAAUAGCUUAGACCGUUUUAAGAUCAGGAAACUGGAAGGACGACCUCUUUUGCUACCAGUUAAUGAGGAAGCUCGACCUAUGUGUGAUACAGAGCUUCAGGUGGCAGUGAGAGAAAUCAAGAGAGUUUUCAGGGUCAAGACCGAUUUGAGAGAUGCUUGUUUAGACCAAUUAAAGCAAAGUUUGAGUUCAACCAGGAAUAAUGUGACUAAGGGAUAUAUAGAAAGUUACAUACGCAGAGGUAAUAAGGAAAAUGUAAUAGUAGUGUGGAACGGACAUUCAGACAAAAACAUUUUAAAAAGAUUAGAUUUAGACCAUUAUCCUAUGCUAAACAUAACGUGUUACGACAAGUAUUUCAAUAAAAAUUUUUAUAUUCAGUUUGAAAAAUUAGGUAAUAGAGAAAUAAUUUUCGAAGUAGAUAUCGGUACAUAUAAUAAAGCAGGAAGGCUACUUAAUUUAGUAGAGACCCAUGAUAUAAUAUGUAAAAAGAAACACCAUACUACGUAUGCGCAUGAUCCGAGAAUGGAUGUCAAAUAUACUAAAUGUAUAUUUGAUUAUGUUAUACGGAAACAGCGAUAUGAAAAUCUAGUGAGGCAUUUCUAA